AUGGCAUCUCAAAGCUUCACCUCCAAUCACUUCGAAUAUCCUGUUCAGGAGCAAGGCGCUCCCCGUCUAUCGCUAAAGGCCGACGGGGGACAAGAGGAGCGCGUUCGAUUCGACCCCAAAAAACACCUGCGGUUCCAAAUGCCCGACAAGACCUACACUUUAGAAGAUCUCAAGUACGAGACCAAGCAGGCAGUUGGUAAGGUGGCUGCCACGGAUCCAUUUCCACUCUUCUCUCGAGAAGCCAUUGUCGAGAUGCGCCGGGAGCUUUUGAGCGAGCGUACCAUCAAGAACUGCAUGACAUACACCAGACCAGGUUCAGUCCAAAUUCGAGGUGCAGCCCCUCAGUAUGCGCCAUUUGUCUAUGAAGCAUGGACACAUCCUGAGACGAUCAAGGCAGUCUCACAGGUUGUUGGGCUUCCAGUCAAGAUAAAUAUCCAACAAGAAAUCGGCCACACAAACGUGCAACUUGGACCUGACGGCCUUGAAGGUCUCAAGAAUCUCACUCCUGAACCAUUGGAACCGAAGGUAUACGGGGAGGAACCCCAAGAGGAGGAGGAGGAUAUCACCCAAGACAAAGAUACGGAUGUCAUUGAAUGGCAUAAUGAUAUGUACCCCUGGUCACUGGUGGUAUCUCUCUCGCUGCCUCAGGGAAAGGGUGGCGAGACAGCAUGCCUCUGCGGCGACGGGUCCAUCAUUAAGGCUGCAAAGCCCGACGUGGGAUAUGGCGUCCUUUUGCACGGUAACGUCGUCAAGCACAAGGCCGUUCGCGCCAUUGGCGCAAAAGAGCGUAUAACCAUGGUGUGCUCCUGGUGGCCAGCCGAUCCCUUGCUGUAUGAUGAUUCCAAAAUAUCUCACACCCGAGAUGUUUCCUACAAGCCGGAAAUGUAUUAUCAAUGGACCACUUACCGGCUUCAGGUCCUGGCCGCCAGAUGCCUCGAGAAGGCAAAACAGCUUCACCGGAAGCACGAGAAUAAGAAGGAUUAUUCAGAGGUUGUUGUCGAGCCGCAAGAGUUUGCAGAAUGGGCGAAGGAGCAGAUCGCUUUCUUUGAGAGAACAUACGACCAUGUUAAAUAG